UUAGGAGGGAAACGGAGUCAUCUGUUCUCUCAAAAAACACCAAAAAUAAGAACCAUUAAAAGUAUCGGAAUUAGAGAGUCAAAUAAUCAAUGGAAAGAACGACGGAAAUCACUUAUCCAAUCACUGAAACUGAGAGCUCAAACGACAACCACAAGCGCGAUGGCGAUUUCCAGGAACACAAUUCGGGGGUAGCGAAGAAGCAGAGAGCAGAAACAACAUUAAAAUCGUCUUCUACAACAGACAAUACAGUGGAUAAGAUGGUAAGGAGAGAUUCAGAUUUGUGCAAAGUGAGUGAAGAAGAAAGCAAGCUAAAUGGUUGUCUAGAAGAAGGUAAGCAGAAUAUGUUGGAGACGAAGGAGUUCAAGAUCGAUGCAGACGCGGCGGAAGAUAAAGGUUCCAGGCACACUAUGGAGGAUGCUUGGGUUGUGCUCCCGGACGCAAGCUUGGACUCUCCAGGCACAUUGAGAUGUGCUCAUUUCGCAAUUUAUGAUGGACAUGGAGGGAGGUUAGCUGCUGAGUAUGCUCAGAAGCAUUUACACACAAAUGUUCUUUCAGCUGGCUUACCACGUGAGUUGAAGGAUGUGAAAGCUGCCAAAAAAGCCAUACUUGAUGGCUUUCGAAGAACUGAUGAAUCCCUACUCAAUAAAAGUGCUGCAGGGGGAUGGCAGGAUGGUGCUACAGCUGUAUGUGUCUGGGUAUUGGGACAAACAGUUUUUAUUGCCAACAUUGGGGAUGCUAAAGCAGUUUUAGCCAGAUCAUCUGAAGCUGGUGGAUCACAAAAUGACCCAGAUUGCAGAAGUACACUAAAGGCCAUUGUUUUGACAAGGGAACAUAAAGCCAUAUAUCCACAAGAACGUGCACGAAUACAGAAGGCUGGCGGUAUUGUAAGUUCAAAUGGGCGAUUACAAGGUCGUCUUGAAGUUUCAAGGGCUUUUGGGGAUCGCCAGUUCAAGAAGGUGGGUGUGGUGGCCACUCCAGAUAUUCAUUCUUUUGACCUGACAGACAGAGAACACUUCAUCAUUCUUGGUUGCGAUGGUCUAUGGGGGAUUAUUUCAGGUAUUUGGGCCAAAUGAUGCUGUUGAAUUUGUUCAGAGACUAUUGAAAGAGGGCUUAACUGCUACAGCUGUGAGCCGCCGUCUUAUAAGGGAGGCUGUGAUAGAGCGGCGCUGCAAAGACAACUGCACUGCUAUAGUUAUUGUUUUCAAGCACAGGUGAUAUGGAUCAACCAUCACUCAACCAUGGAGCUCAAGGGAGCAAGGAGAACAACAUAGGAGAUCCAUUAGUGUUUCCUAGUGGGCCAAUUACAAG